AUGGCGUCUCAGGAAAACCCCAAUGCCCCACCGGCGGCUGCCACCGACGCAGUCCUGGUCGUCUCUGAGGAGAUGCCCGAGGACUCCCAGAAAGUCGAGGAGCUGGACUUUGAUGACUUCGAGGGCCCCAUCACAGCCGAGAACCUGUGCAACGGCAUGAGGUACAUGGGCUUCCAGGCCUCGUCCCUCGCCGAGUCCGUCCGGAUCAUCAACGACAUGAGGGCAUGGCGCGACCCGGAGACCGGCGAUAAGACGACCAUCUUCCUCGGCUACACUUCCAACAUGAUAUCCUCUGGCAUGAGGGGCAUCUUCAGGUGGUUGGUCAAGCACAAGCACGUGUCCGCUAUCGUGACGACCGCCGGAGGAGUCGAGGAGGAUUUCAUUAAGUGCCUGGGCGACACUUACAUGUCCUCUUUCAGCGCCGACGGCGAGGGCCUCCGCAAGAAGGGCCAAAACAGAAUCGGCAACCUCGUCGUCCCCAACUCCAACUACCGCGCCUUCGAGGACUGGGUCGUGCCCAUCUUUGACAAGAUGCUCGAGGAGCAGGAGGCCAGCAAGAGCACCGAAGACGAGAUCAACUGGACGCCCUCCAAGAUGAUUCAUAGGCUCGGCAGGGAGAUCAACGACGAGCGCUCCGUCUACUACUGGGCGUGGAAGAACGACAUUCCCGUCUUCUGCCCGGCGCUCACCGACGGCAGCUUGGGAGAUAUGCUGUACUUCCACACCUUCAAGACCUCGCCGAAGCAGCUCAAGUGUGACAUCGUCGAGGACAUCCGACGUAUCAAUACCAUGUCCGUCCGUGCAAAGAGGGCAGGCAUGAUCAUUCUGGGUGGCGGCGUUGUCAAGCACCACAUUGCCAACGCAUGCUUGAUGCGCAACGGCGCCGAGUCGGCCGUGUACAUCAACACCGGCCAGGAGUUCGACGGAAGCGAUGCCGGUGCUAGGCCAGACGAGGCUGUCUCUUGGGGUAAAAUCAAGAUUGGAGCCGACGCCGUCAAGGUCUAUGCGGAUGCUACUGUAGUAUUCCCGUUCAUCGUCGCAAACACAUUUGCCAAAGACCGUUCAUCAUAG